AUGGGAAAAGUGGUGACUCACCUUCAGAUUAAAAACAAAUGGGAUCAUCUGAAAAAAGGGUGGAAGGAUUAUAACCAGUGUUUUGACAAUGAGACUGGGUUGGGUUAUGAUGCUGGAACUGGGAUGCUUGAGGCCCCUGAUGAGUGGUGGACUCAAAAGAUUGCGGCAUGUCCCAUUGCAAAAACCUUUAAAAAUAAAGUUUUGCCGAAUCGUGACUACCUGAACAUCAUGUAUGGAGGCACGGUUGCAACGGGGAAAAAUGCGUUCUGCACGAGCGGUCAAUUACCAAAGGAAACCACCGAAGGGUCUGGGGACUCUGCUGAUAGCACAGAAUUUGUUGACCCCUAA